AUGACGUUACAAAAGAUCCCCAUUUGGCUAGACUGUGACCCAGGUAAUGAUGAUGCAUUUGCAAUUCUAUUGGCAGUGUUUGAUCCGAGAUUUCAACUACUUGGCAUCUCAACUGUUCAUGGAAAUGCCCCAUUGAAAUGUACAACACAUAAUACAGUGGCACUACUAGAUAUCCUCAACACUUUUCAUGUAAAAGUUUACGCGGGAGAAGAACUUCCUUUGUUAAAUGAACCCCGUUUCGCUCUUGAUAUUCAUGGGAAAACAGGUAUUGGCGGAGCUAAAUUACCUUUACAUACUAAAAACAAACCCGUAAAUAAACAAUCACUAUCAUAUCUUGAAGCUAUGUACAACACCAUUGUAUCUUUUCAAGAUCAAAUAUGCAUAGUUUGUACAGGAACUUUAACCAAUCUUGCCAAGUUGAUUUUGAAAUAUCCCAAGGUUUGCAAUAAGAUUAAAUAUGUUUCUAUAAUGGGAGGCAGUUUCGAUAUGGGCAAUGCUACACCUUUUGCUGAGUUCAACUUCCAUACUGAUCCUCAUGCUGUACAAAUUGUAUUGGAUAAUUUACAAGACAAAAUAAUCCUAACCCCAUUGAACCUAACUCAUAAAGUAAUUGCAAAUAAACAAGUGAGAAGUCAAAUAUACGACGAACUUGAUGAAAAGAAAGGUUCGUCAGUAAGGAAGAAUUUUCAUGACAUUUUGAUGUUUUUCAGUAAGACUUAUGCUGCGAAUGAUGAUGAAAUGUUUGAAGGACCUCCAUUGCAUGACCCUAUUGCUGUUUAUAGUCUAUUACCAUUAGUUCAUGAGAAUCCAAAAGAGUAUGGGUAUGUGUAUAUAAGAAGAAUGUUGAGAAUUGAACUUGAAGGUGAACAUUUAGGAGAAACCGUUGUAAUAAAUAAAGAUGUGCCUCACGAUAUCAUAGAAGAAGAAGGCAAUACUGGUGGCGUAUACAUUGGCAUGGAUUUGGAUAAACAGAAAUUCUGGAAAUCCAUUUUGGACGCAUUAAGAGCUGCAGACUUGAACAUGUAG